AUGGAGAACUACCAGAAAACCGAGAAAGUCGGCGAAGGCACGUAUGGUGUCGUCUACAAGGCCCGCCAGCUGAACCAUCCUUGCCGUCUUGUUGCUCUGAAGAAAAUCAGACUGGAGGCCGAAGAUGAGGGUGUUCCUAGCACCACCAUCCGCGAGAUCUCGCUGCUCAAGGAAAUGCAGGACCCCAACAUUGUCCAAUUGCUUGACAUCGUCCAUGCCGAUAGCCACAGUCUCUACCUCGUUAUGGAGUUCCUCGAUCUCGAUCUGAAGAAAUACAUGGAAGCUCUACCGGUUAGCGAGGGUGGUCGUGGUAAGCCUCUUCCCCAUGAGUCUACGUCGAUGGCAACCCUAGGACUAGGCGAUGCUAUGGUUAAGAAGUUUAUGGCCCAGCUGGUUGAGGGUAUCCGCUACUACCAUAGUCGCCGCAUCCUGCACCGUGAUCUGAAGCCCCAGAACUUGCUCAUUGACCGUGAUGGUAACCUGAAGCUGGCCGAUUUUGGUCUGGCAAGAGCCUUCGUGUCCCGCUACGGACUUACACCCAUAAGGUCGUUACGCUGUGGUAUCGCUGCCCCGAAAUUCUACUUAGGGGCCGCCAGUAUUCUACUGGCUGUCCUCGGCACCCCCGACGAAGAGCUCUGGCCCGAUGUCACUUCAUUCCCCGAUUAUAAGGCCACUUUCCCCAAGUGGAAACGCCCCGAUGCGUCGAUUGUCCCCGGCAUGGAGCCUGCUGGUCUCGAGCUGCUGGAGGCCCUACUCCAGUACGACCCCGCCCACCGGCUUUCGGCGAGGCAGGCCUGCAUGCACCCCUACUUCCGAAACGGAAGCUCACACUACUCCGGCCGUCUCAAGCGCAACGGUUAUCAAUAA